AUGGAGCAAUCCUCGACCUCCAAAGUGACUGGUAAUAAGCCCUCCAUCCUUUUCCGCCGCCAACGUCCCGUCUUGGCCCGAGCUACUCUGCUAAUUGACCUCCCCGCAGUCGAGUUCUUCGACCCUCACGAUGUCUACAAGCUCGCCGCGCCGGGCCUCAUCCCCCGUCUCCCCUCCGCAACCUCCACUGGCAACCUCGUCGUCUCCGGCGAGGAGAUUGACCCCAGCCAAGUCGACGCCGCCGCCUCGCGCCGCUCUGCCAGCGUCAGCACCACCCUCGACGGCUUCCAGACCCAGGCCGUGUCCGGCGGGCCGACCGCCUCCGCCUCCGCCGACGCGUUCGAAUCCCCCUCCGCCUCCUCGACGCAGCUGCCCCAAGCGAAAGCGCGGCGCCACCAGAUCCCCGGCCUGCGCCGGACACCGUACCUCAAGGUCCUGCUGGUGAGGUGCGACGACAGCGAUUCCUACAAGAGCCAGAGCUCGAGCAAGAAGACGUCGUUCGAGGGCCACGAUGCCUUUGACUGGAUGGUGGUGCACGUCGUGCUCCCCAAUACCGUGGCCGCCACGCAGCCUAGGACGAGCGGCAAGGGGUCCGACACCUCGUCCGAGUCCAAGUCGAGCUCGAGGUGGAGGGGCGGCUCGUCCACGUUGAUGGAAAAGCUGCAGGCCGAUUUUAAUAUUGCGGGCAAGAACCAGGUGGACCGCGUCGCCCAGGUUCGCACGGAGCAGGAUGUUGAGUUUGCUUGGCAGGACCUCGUGGGCAAGCUCAAGGCCCGCAUCCUCAACUCGUUCGACAUGCGCGUCUCGCGCUACGAGGAGGACAUCAAGGAAAAGGACUCCCAGCGCAUCCUUCCGGGCUGGAACUUUUGCACCUUCUUCAUCCUUAAGGAGGGUCUGGCCCGCGGCUUCGAGAGCGUUGGUCUGGUUGAGGACGCCUUGGUGGGCUACGACGAGCUCAGCGUCGGGCUCGACCUAGUUAUUGCCGAGCAGGCUACCUCGGGCGAGCCCGAGAGCCACGGCGGGGCCCUCUUGCCGUACACGCAAGACCUGAAAGACGCCAUCGAGCGGGCCCUAGCCCUCAUCAAGUCCUCUGCCGGUGAGACAGGCGACCUGACGACCGUGAACCUGCAGGCCAACGACGCCGGCAGCAGGGCGGACGGAUUCGAGGACAUUCCCAUCAUGGCGUCCAAGAAACCCUACCGCGACAUGAUUCUCGCGAACAACGUCUCGCUUUUUGACUUCAAGUGCUACAUCUUUGCCCGCCAAAUCUCCCUCCUGCUGCGGCUCGGCAACGCCUCGUCCACGCGGGAGGAGCUGGUGGCCAAGCUCAACGAACAGAGGGAAUCCGUCCUGCGCGGCGUCGAUCCCCGUAUCCCGCCCAUGGCGAAGCACGUGAGUGAGACGGAAAACCUGUCCAGGCUCUCCGAGGUGUGCCGCCGCACCCUCGAGUUCAUCCCCGUGGCGUCCCAGAUCAUGCAGCAGGACAUUAUUGCGGCGAUGCAGUCGAGCCGCCGGGCGAGCGAUGAUGCCGAGGCGGCCGCGCCCAAGAAGCUCCCGCCCUCGCUGUCCCGCGUGGUGGACCACGCGGUUGCCUCGUUUGCCUUUUCCGUGGCGCAGCAGGUGCUCGCGCAGACAACCACGAAAGCCCUCCCGAUCCCGCCCUCGACCUUGGCCACCCCCGACGGACACGAGCCCAAGCUUUCCAUCCCGGAACCGAAGACGAUGAUGCACCCGGCGAGGACUUCUUCGCUGGCCAUGGCCCCGGGGUCGCGUCCGCCGCCGAGCCCCAACGUAUUUCCCGGCCCCGGGCGGAGCAACAGCGUCUCGGAACCCGGUUCGUCCGGUACCGCGCAUUUCCUCAAAGCUGGCCUGGAGGAGCUGGCUGCUAGGCGCGCCGAGUUGUAUAGCCUAUGUCGGAACGUGCUGGAGAAACUGGGGCGUGCCAAGGGUUGGCGGGAUGGGUGGAGUGAGGUGCCGACGCUUCCAGAUAGCAUCGACUACUCCAAGCUGGAAGACGUUAGUCUUAACGACGAGGAGGAGGACGAGGACGACGAUGAUGACGAUGAUGACGACCCAUCGUCCCGGUCGGGAGGUAGCGAAGAGUCGUCAUCGGAGGGCGAAAAGAUGGUCUGGAGCACGACUUUGGGCGACCGGUUGCUGAACACGGCGCUCUCGAGCAAGGAAGAUUUCUACCGCCUCUACGAGACUCUGACGGAUAAGGCGCUGCGGCACUACACCGUCGCGAACCACACGCACUCGAUCCAGUCGUGCAUGGCAGACCUGGCGGUCCUCAAGUACCAGGCAGGCGAGUUCUCCGACGCCGCCAUCUACUUCCACCGCGCCACCCCCUUUUUCGGCGAGAACGGCUGGAGCCUGCUCGAGCUGUCCAUGCUCACCAUGUACUGCCGGUGCCUCAAGACCCUGGAGUGGAAGGAGAAGCUGGUGCAGGCCAUCCUGAAGCUGCUCAUGGGCGCCGCGGCGGCCGAGGCCGAGUUCGCCGAGCAGAGGUCGCUGGCCAAGUUCGCGGCGGGCCGGCCGGACCUGUCGGCCAUCAAGGGGUUCGUGGCGGAGCUUCUGGCGUCCUCCAAGUCGCUCCCCGAAGAGGUCAUUAUUCCACUGAGCAAUUUCUUUUUGGAUGUUGACGUCUGCUCGGCGCCCGUGUAUUUGGAUGGCGACGCUGCGGUUGGCGUGCGUGGAUGGGGGCCGACGAAGGAGGUUCGGUUGGAGAGUGCUGGGAAGCAGGUUGUUAAGCCGAAGAAGAGUCGUUUGACGUUUUAUGGCAAGGCGGUUGUGACGGGACGAUUCAAAGUCGACCAGCUCAUUCUCGAAAACGGAAGGCUUGUAUUGAGCUACGAACGCGACGUUAACCAAAUCACCCCCAUGGGCGAAACCAUCUUCAAGAACCCGCCGAUCCUUCUCUACGCGCAGACACGAUCGCUCAACAUACGGCUGGCGGUGGCGAAGCAAACCCGGCUGGACCAGAACAACGCGCUCGAGAUUGAAAUCUCGACGGGUUGGAACGCCAUCAAGUCGUGCGAGCUCUCCCUCAAGCCGGCCACGGGCGGCCUGCGCACCAUUGCCGCGGAAGCCAAGGUGCGGGACGUGGCGUCGGUCACGCUCAGGAUCGAGGCGACGUACGCGACGGCAGACGGCGGCGUGUUUACGUGCGUCAAGCUCGCAUCGGCGCCCAUCGCGUUAGCCCUCGGGGUCAACGUGCAAGACGUGUUCAAGCACCACGCGCUCUACUCGCGCUUCACCGUGUCAACGGCCAGCACGGGCCCGCUGCGGCUCUUCAAGAGCGAGCUCGUGGACUCGGAGAUUUUCGAGUCGCAUUUCGGCGUGCCGCCCGCGGCGCCCGUGCUCGUGUUCCCCAAGCAGCCGGCGACGCUGCUGUACAAGAUUACGCGCAAGAAGAAGGCGGUGCGCAUCGGCCCCGGCGGCACCAAGUCGUCGACCAUGUACCUCAAGCUCCACUACAGCGAGCUGACGGAGGAGGUGGACACGCUGCUGCGGACGACGCUCGUCGAGGCGCUGGAAGGGUCGGACGCCGUGGGGCGCUUCGUCCGGCUGCUGGUGCCCACCGUGAUUAGGCACGCGCACGAGGCGAUCACGGCGCACGACCUCGAGCGGGCGGCGCUGACGGGGCGGGUGUCGACGGGGUUCGUCGCGCAGAUUAACUGGCGGCGGGAGCUGGAGGGGCUGGACCAGAACGGGGCGGCGAAGACGGGUGCGGUGACGGACGUGGUGGCGUUUUUCGAGGCGUGGCUUCGGAAGAAUAAAACGCUGCAGCUCGGGUCAACUGCUGCGGCGGUGGACCCGUCCUCGUCGUCGUCGGGGAGCAGGUCGCUCGUGAUCCCCGUCGAUAUCCCUCCCGUGCCGGUGCUCGUGACGGCGGAUAUCGAGCUCAAGGGCGAGCUGCCGUUUACCGCCCAGCAAGAGCGCGGGGACCCGCCGACGGCGUGCGUCAAUCAGCUGAUACCUGCCGUGCUGCGGCUGCGGUGGACGCGUAUGUGGGACACGGCGGCGAGGGCGAAACCCGGGGCGGUUGGGGACGCGGCGGCGGCGGCGGGUGGGGACCGCGCGAGGUGA